AUGAUCACUGGCUUGGCUUUUAAAGCUGGGUUCUGGGACGUUUGUGUGUCACAGGCCUGGGUCCAGUGUGACUACCAUGUCACUGAGUGGUACUGGGUCCAGUGUGACUACCAUGUCACUGAGAGGUACUGGGUCCAGUGUGCCUACCAUGUCACUGAGAGGUACUGGGUCCAGUGUGACUACCAUGUCAUUGAGAGGUACUGGGUCCAGUGUGACUACCAUGUCACUGAGAGGUACUGGGUCCAGUGUGACUACCAUGUCACUGAGAGGUACUGGGUCCAGUGUGGCUACCAUGUCACUGAGAGGUACUGGGUCCAGUGUGGCUACUAUGUCACUGAGAGGUACUGGGUCCAGUGUGGCUACUAUGUCACUGAGAGGUACUGGGUCCAGUGUGGCUACUAUGUCACUGAGAGGUACUGGGUCCAGUGUGGCUACUAUGUCACUGAGAGGUACUGGGUCCAGUGUGGCUACCAUGUCACUGAGAGGUACUGGGUCCAGUGUGACUACCAUGUCACUGAGAGGUACUGGGUCCAGUGUGGCUACUAUGUCACUGAGAGGUACUGGGUCCAGUGUGGCUACCAUGUCACUGAGAGGUACUGGGUCCAGUGUGACUACCAUGUCACUGAGAGGUACUGGGUCCAGUGUGGCUACUAUGUCACUGAGAGGUACUGGGUCCAGUGUGGCUACUAUGUCACUGAGAGGUACUGGGUCCAGUGUGGCUACUAUGUCACUGAGAGGUACUGGGUCCAGUGUGGCUACUAUGUCACUGAGAGGUACUGGGUCCAGUGUGGCUACUAUGUCACUGAGAGGUACUGGGUCCAGUGUGGCUACCAUGUCACUGAGAGGUACUGGGUCCAGUGUGACUACCAUGUCACUGAGAGGUACUGGGUCCAGUGUGGCUACUAUGUCACUGAGAGGUACUGGGUCCAGUGUGGCUACCAUGUCACUGAGAGGUACUGGGUCCAGUGUGACUACCAUGUCACUGAGAGGUACUGGGUCCAGUGUGGCUACUAUGUCACUGAGAGGUACUGGGUCCAGUGUGGCUACUAUGUCACUGAGAGGUACUGGGUCCAGUGUGGCUACUAUGUCACUGAGAGGUACUGGGUCCAGUGUGGCUACCAUGUCACUGAGAGGUACUGGGUCCAGUGUGACUACCAUGUCACUGAGAGGUACUGGGUCCAGUGUGGCUACUAUGUCACUGAGAGGUACUGGGUCCAGUGUGGCUACCAUGUCACUGAGAGGUACUGGGUCCAGUGUGGCUACCAUGUCACUGAGAGCUUCCACCUGUUGCUCUUCUGUUCCUCAGGAGGAAUAUUUGAAUCCAUCGAAAGCGGCCCAUCAGGAGCAGAGGAACUGGCCUUUAAAUUUGCCUUGAACACAAUCAACAGGAACCGCACCCUGCUGCCCAACACCACACUCACAUACGACAUCCAGAGAAUAAACAUCUUUGACAGCUUCGAGGCCUCCAGAAAAGCCUGCGACCAGCUCUCCCUGGGAGUCGCAGCCAUCUUUGGCCCCUCCCACAGCUCCUCGGCCAACGCAGUCCAGUCCAUUUGUAAUGCCCUGGGGGUGCCCCACAUCCAGACCAAGUGGAAGCACCAGGUAUCAGACAACAGGGACUCUUACUACAUCAGCCUCUACCCAGACUUCCAGUCCCUCAGCCGGGCAAUCCUGGACCUGGUGCACUUCUUCAAAUGGAGGACGGUCACUGUGGUCUAUGAUGACAGCACAGGUCUUAUUCGGUUGCAGGAGCUGAUCAAGGCGCCAUCCCGAUACAACAUUCGUUUGAAGAUCCGACAGUUGCCGGGGGAGACCAAGGAUGCCAAGCCACUUCUGAAAGAGAUGAAGAAAGCAAAGGAGUUCCACGUGAUCUUUGACUGCGGCCAUGAAAUGGCCGCCUGGAUCCUGAAACAGGCUCUAGCCAUGGGAAUGAUGACCGAGUACUACCACUACAUCUUCACCACCCUGGACCUUUUCGCCCUGGAUAUGGAGCCGUAUCGGUACAGCGGAGUCAACAUGACGGGUUUCCGGAUCCUAAACACGGACAACUCUCAGGUGUCGUCCAUCAUCGAGAAAUGGUCCAUGGAACGCCUACAAGCCCCGCCCAAACCGGACUCGGGCCUACUGGAAGGAUUCAUGACGACGGACGCGGCGCUGAUGUUCGACGCGGUGCACGUUGUGGCAGUGGCGGUGCAGCAGUCGCAGCAGAUCACCGUCAGCUCGCUGCAGUGCAACCGCCACAAACCCUGGCGCUUCGGGGGGCGUUUCAUCAGCCUCAUCAAAGAGGCCCAUUGGGAUGGCUUGACUGGACGAAUCCUCUUCAACAGAACCAACGGACUGAGGACAGACUUCGACCUGGACGUGAUCAGUCUUAAGGAGGACGGACUGGAAAAGAUAGGAACGUGGGACCCUCCCAGUGGCCUGAACAUGACGGACAACCACAAGAGCAAGACAACCAACAUCACAGACUCUCUGGCUAACAAAUCCCUCCGUGUCUCCACCAUACUGGUGGAGCCCUACGUGAUGUUCAAGAAGUCAGACAAGCCGCUGUACGGCAACGACCGCUUUGAAGGCUACUGCAUCGACCUUCUCCGCGAGCUCUCAGCGAUCCUGGGCUUCCGCUAUGAGGUGCGCCUGGUGGAGGACGGGAAGUACGGGGCGCUGGAGGAGAGCACGGGCCAGUGGAACGGCAUGGUCAGGGAGCUCAUGGACCAUAAAGCAGACCUAGCAGUGGCUCCGUUGGCCAUCACCUACGUGAGGGAGAAGGUCAUCGACUUCUCCAAGCCCUUCAUGACCCUGGGGAUAAGUAUCCUCUACCGCAAGCCCAACGGAACCAACCCGGGCGUCUUCUCCUUCCUCAACCCCCUCUCACCCGAUAUCUGGAUGUAUAUUCUGCUGGCUUACUUGGGUGUCAGUUGUGUGCUGUUUGUCAUAGCCAGGUUCAGCCCGUACGAGUGGUACAACCCCCAUCCGUGCAACCCAGACUCGGACGUGGUGGAAAACAAUUUUACACUGCUCAAUAGUUUCUGGUUCGGCGUCGGGGCUCUCAUGCAGCAAGGCUCAGAGCUCAUGCCCAAGGCCCUGUCCACCAGGAUUGUGGGAGGCAUCUGGUGGUUCUUCACCCUGAUCAUCAUCUCCUCCUACACGGCCAACCUGGCUGCCUUCCUCACCGUGGAGCGCAUGGAGUCGCCCAUCGACUCGGCAGACGACCUGGCCAAACAGACCAAGAUCCUGUACGGAGUGGUGGAGGACGGAUCAACCAUGACCUUCUUUAAGAAGACUAAGAUCUCCACCUACGAUAAGAUGUGGGAGUUCAUGAACAGCCGGCGAUCGUCAGUGAUGGUGAAAGACAUAGACGCAGGAAUCCAGCGUGUGCUCACCUCAGACUACGCCUUCCUCAUGGAGUCCACCACCAUCGAGUUCGUCACCCAGCGCAACUGCAACCUCACCCAGAUAGGAGGCCUCAUCGACUCCAAGGCCUACGGAGUGGGGACACCCAUGGGCUCUCCAUACCGGGACAAGAUCACCAUAGCGAUCCUGCAGCUGCAGGAAGAAGGGAAGUUGCACAUGAUGAAGGAGAAGUGGUGGAGGGGGAACGGUUGUCCGGAGGAUGAGAAAAAUAAGGAGGCUAGCGCUCUGGGGGUGCAGAACAUCGGGGGUAUCUUCAUCGUGCUGGCUGCAGGGCUGGUGCUGUCUGUGUUUGUGGCCGUCGGAGAGGUCCUGUACAAGUCUAAACAGAACGCAGAACUGGAGAAGCGUUCCUUCUGUAGUGUCAUGGUGGAUGAGUUGCGUGGUUCCCUGAAGUGCCAGCGGCGCCUCAAACAGAAGCCUCAGCCGCCGGUCAUUGUUAAAACCGAGGAGGUCAUCAACAUGCACACGUUGAAUGACAGGAGACUGCCGGGCAAGGAGACCAUGGCGUGAUGGGGUCAAAAGGUCAAGAGAAGGUCAAAAACACCCGUCAAGGUCAAAUACACAGCCAGAGGAUCUGGAGGGGUUGAAUGAAUGUUGACGCAAUGUUAACGUAACCCGAAACUAUAUUGCAUUUGCCCCCAGCUUUGGUAGUAUGGUAGAGAUGUUUCCUGUGGAAAUGUAGACUGUCACCUCGCUGUGACCGACGCUUUGUGAAAAGAGACUUUUUGGAGGAUUGUGGGGACAAGUUAGGAUUGUGAGAUGGAUCUCAAUGGGGAUUAAAAGGGAAGAACUCAAAAUGCAGGUCUGUUGAGGCUGUCUUCACAGUCAGUGACUCGACACACACACCUGUUCAGAGCGUCACACUACACCUUGAGACCAUAACAUCCCAAGAAAUGAGCUGUUGUUUUUCUGUUGAUGUCAUUUACACUAUUGUCAAAUCUGUGUGUGUGUCCAGUCGAUCAAAAUGGAUCUCACUACAGGUGAUUAUGAUAUGGAAUGUUACAAAGUGCCAAAUGUUGAAUAAGAACUGUAUAAAGAAAAUAGAGAGGAUAGACAGUUUCUAAAAUAUGUAUUUAUUUCAUUUUAAAUCAUUGAUGUUGAUUGAUCUCCCUAAUACUCAUUGUUUAUCUUCUGUAAUGCCUUCAUUGUGACAAAGUUCGGCCAUCAUAAAGAACUGACAUAUUACUUUCAAUGCCUCCACAAACAUGCUAUACAGUGUCAAAAAUAACAUUACAGUCUGCCAUUUGGUGUCAAUAUCCACUGUUUAAAGGCAGGAUUUCUACAACAACAAAAAAUGUUCUUUUUGUAUGCAGACAAAGUUUUGUAGUACUUUCUAUCAGAGUAGCAUUCUCUGUGGACUUCACAUAGUGUAUGUAGCAGGUGCCAAAUUGGGUGCCAACUUGGGGUGUCAACUCCUAAUUCUGUCUACUGGUGAUUCAGGGCCCUCCCCCAGUCUGGGCCGUGUAGGGCCUUUCUCUCCUCCUCUGUCAUAGGGCCACACUGUCUGCUCCAUGGGGCCGUUCUACAGCUGCCUCCCCAUCUCCCUACUAAACCUGGCGUACAUAGCUACACAGUGGUUGUCUCAAUAAUUUGAACUCCUUUUCUCUAUGACCACUGAUAUGGUAGGACUUGACAGGUGGGAUCAAUAUGGUAAAAACCUAUCCAGUCUUUUAUCUCUCAAUGGUCAUGAAAGAUGAAGGGUGUGCUCGUUCAGAGUAGGAUGAAGUGGCCCCUAGAUGCUGAUAGUGGGUCACUUUUGCAUUUUCCCACUAAUGGUUAAAGAGCGGCUGAACUCACCAAUUCCAUGUUUCUCUGCUGCUAAUUAAGAAAAACGAGAUUUGAGUCUUGGGGUUGUUGUUCGAUGUGGGUGUGUUAUGUUCACUUUAUCGUACCCUUGCAGUUACUGUUGUUUGUCCCUCUUGAGUCACGAUAGCAACAAUAUAGCCACUAGCACUUCCUCAAAAUAGUCCGAAUUAAUCUAAGAUAAAUCACGAAAUGUGUCAUGAAUUUUGACGUUUUUGCAAAGGAUUUAUUUUCUUAUUUUAUAUUACAUCUUUCUAAGGUUUUGGUGCAGUAUUUCAAAAGUUAAAAGAUGUGCAUGAAAAAGUCAGUGGACUGCAGACAGUAUUGAGACAGCUGCUGCUGUCUGCGCUCAGGACUGAUUUCUGAGAACACGUCUACAACUCAUCAGCAAGCUGUUGAGCUAUCAUAAGUAAAGCACAAGCUGCUACACAGUGUUUAUCAGUGCCCCAAAUCACUUGCUAGAUAAGUUCCCAUCUCUGUGUGUCAAUGAAGCUCGUUAGUAGUAGCAAGCAGGCACAUAGAGCCGGCAGGCCACGAUAUCUAAAUCAGCUUAUCAAGCCGCUGGUGAGUGGUGACGUGCUUCGGUGUCGUUUAGUUUUUUACAACUUUCUCACUAUCUAUUACCACAGUGUGGGUCUGGCAGUCUGUUUAUCUGGCAGUGUUUCAUAGGGAAUCACGUUACAAAACAGGUUGCGGCUGGACACAAGACUCUCGAGAAUGGGUUUUAAUAUUGACAAGUGGCAGUUGAGAUGCAUGUGCGCAUCAUCUCAAUUUCUUUUUUCAAUAGACACUUGCAGACACUAUGAAACACAUCAGAAAACAGCCUUUAAAGGGCUUUGGGGCCAAGUCUUCUUUCAACAUUGCUGAUGUCUUGUCUUAUGUGAACCAGUCCGAGGCUCUGCAUAAUGGACAGAGUUGUCUCACUGUCUGGAGGUUCACUCCGUGCAUUCUCCCUAGGUGUUACCAUCCUGUGUUAGUGGGAAAGUGGGCAUUUAAUCCAAACCAAACGCUGUUGUAAUUUGUGACAACCUCAGUUACACAAAUCUCACAAAAUUCAGUUUUGGAAUAUACUGACCCAAAUUAUUCUACUUACACUUUUUAAUCAAGUGGCACUGGAAUAAAUGUUUUUGACUAAAAUCGAUGCCGCACAGAGAAGUUGUUUUUUUGCGUUCAGUUGCCCUUUGAGGUUAGGAUUGGGGAGGGGAAACUUCACCCCGGAGCGUCUCAUUCCUAAAAGGUUCCAUCACCAGAAAAUAAAAUGCAAAAUACAAAGGUUGAUGUUUCUGAAAAUAUUUGUGCUGUACAAGAAUGAAUGAAAGUAGGAUUUAUGAGUAAUUUCAAGAAACCAUUUAGAAACAAUAGAGGGGGUUCCAUGUGUUGUUUUUGUUCUACCAGUAUUGCUUGUCAUUUUCUACCUGCUAGAUUCAGUGGUACAACGUGUAAUGGUUGAAUAAUAAUUGGAAGAUUUAUCAGAAAAUAUCCAAUUGUAUUUUCCCCCAAAAAAUGAGGUAAUAGAAUUUAUUUGACAUUGAUGCAAGGUUUUACAAAAAAAUAUAUAACAAAUAAAACUCAUA